UGAGGAGGAGGGGGUAAAGUCUAAGAAGACUUUCCGCAGCCAAUCGGUGGUCAAUCAGAACCCGGAGGCGGAGCUAAUGCUGGAGGGAGAUGAUGAUGCCGUCAGCCUGCUCCAGGAGAAAGAGAUCGACAACCUGGCAGGUCCGGUGGUACUGAGCACCCCCGCCCAGCUGGUGGCGCCGGUGGUGGUGGCGAGGGGCACGCUGUCCAUCACCACCACAGAGAUCUACUUCGAGGUGGACGAGGACGACCACGCCUUCAAGAACAUCGACGCCAAGGUGCUGGCCUACUCAGAAGGGCUGCAUGGGAAGUGGAUGUUCAGUGAGAUCAGAGCCGUGUUCUCCAGACGACACCUACUACAGAACACUGGACUGGAGGUGUUCAUGGCCAACCGCACCUCUGUGAUGUUUAACUUCCCAGACCAGGCCACAGUGAAGAGGGUGGUGUACAGCCUGCCACGAGUGGGAGUGGGCACCAGCUACGGCCUGCCACAGGCCAGGCGUAUCUCCUUGGCCACCCCUCGCCAGCUGUUUAAGUCGUCCAACAUGACCCAGCGCUGGCAGAGGAGAGAGAUCUCCAACUUUGAGUACCUCAUGUUCCUUAACACCAUCGCAGGGAGGACGUAUAAUGAUCUGAACCAGUACCCGGUCUUUCCCUGGGUUCUGACCAACUACGACUCUGAAGAACUGGACCUCACUCUGCCCGGCAACUUCAGAGACCUGUCCAAGCCAAUCGGAGCGCUGAAUCCCAAGCGGGCGGCGUUCUACGCGGAGCGGUUUGAGACGUGGGAGGAGGACGGGACGGCGCCGCAUCACUACACCACGCUGUACUCCACCGCUGACACCACCCUGUUGUGGAUGCUUCGGAUUGAACCCUUCACAACCUUCUUCCUCAACGCAAACGACAGCAAGUUCGACCACCCCGACAGAGCCUUCUCCGGCAUCGGCCGUGCCUGGAGGAACUGCCAGAGGGACACCGCGGACGUCAAGGAGCUGAUCCCUGAGUUCUACUACCUGCCGGAGAUGUUUGUGAACAGCAACGAGUACGAGCUGGGCGUGCGCGAGGACGGCGUGGGCGUGUGCGACGUGGAGCUGCCCACCUGGGCCAAGAAGCCGGAGGACUUUGUCCGGAUCAACCGCAUGGCUCUAGAGAGUGAGUUUGUGUCCUGUCAGCUCCACCAGUGGAUCGACCUGAUCUUCGGGUACAAGCAGCGAGGCCCCGAGGCGAUCAGGGCGCUCAACGUCUUCAACUUCCUGUCCUACGAGGGCUCCGUCAACCUGGACGUCCUGGACGCCACGCAGCGCGAGGUGAUGGAGGCCCAGAUCCAGGCAUGCGGCCAGACUCCGUCCCAGCUGCUCAUCGAGCCACACCCCCCUCGCUCCUCCGCCAUGCACCUGUGUUUCCUCCCCCAGAGUCCCCUGAUGUUUAAGGACCAGAUGCAGCAGGAUGUCAUCAUGGUGCUCAAGUUUCCCUCCAACUCCCCGGUCACCCACGUGGCGGCCAACACGCUGCCCCACCUCAGCGUUCCCGCCGCCGUCACCGUCACCUGCAGCCGCUUGUUCGCCGUCAACCGCUGGCACAACACCGUCGGUCUGCGUGGAGCGCCAGGCUACUCUCUGGAACAGGCCCAUCACCUUCCCAUCGAAAUGGACCCUCUCAUUGCUAACAACUCGGGGGUGAACAAGCGUCAGAUCACAGAUCUAGUGGACCAGAGCAUCCAGAUCAACACACACUGCUUCGUGGUUACCGCCGACAACCGCUACAUCCUGGUGUGCGGUUUCUGGGACAAGAGCUUUCGGGUCUACUCUACUGAAACUGGUAAGCUGACCCAGAUCGUGUUUGGCCACUGGGACGUGGUGACGUGCCUGGCCCGGUCCGAGUCCUACAUCGGGGGAGACUGCUACAUCGUGUCUGGCUCUAGAGACGCCACUCUGCUGCUCUGGUACUGGAGCGGGCGGCACCACAUCAUAGGAGACAACCCCAACAACAGUGACUACCCUGCUCCCAGAGCCGUGCUGACUGGUCAUGACCAUGAGGUGGUGUGUGUGUCCGUCUGCGCGGAGCUGGGUCUAGUCAUCAGUGGGGCUAAAGAGGGCCCGUGCCUGGUCCACACCAUCACAGGGGACCUGCUGAGGGCCCUGGAGGGCCCGGAGCUGUGCCAGCGGCCCCGCCUCAUCUCCGUGUCCAGCGAGGGCCACUGCAUCAUCGGCUACGAGCGAGGCCGCUUCUGCAACUUCAGCAUCAACGGCAAACUGCUGGCCCAGAUGGAGGUCAACGACUCCACCAGGGCCAUCCUGCUGAGCAGUGACGGGCAGAACCUGGUGACGGGCGGGGACAACGGUGUGGUGGAGGUGUGGCAGGCCUGCGACUUCAAACAGCUCUACAUCUACCCAGGCUGCGACGCCGGGAUCCGCGCCAUGGACCUUUCGCAUGACCAGAGGACCCUGAUCACGGGCAUGGCGUCCGGCAGCAUCGUGGCGUUCAACAUCGACUUCAACCGCUGGCACUACGAACACCAGAACAGGUACUGAGGACGGGAGGAGGAGAGACGAGAGAGGAGCGGGGAGGAAGAAGGAGAGGAGAGGGGGAGGAAGAAGGAGAGGAGGAAAGGACAAGGACGACGCGGGCUCAUGCUGUACAUACUGGCAACAAGGAGGCGAAGGAUGUGGAAGGGAGGACGAGAGAGCGGGAAGAGGAAAGGCGGAGGUUAUUUCGCGAGCUCUUCCUCCGACGCAGGACAAGCGCAUCACUCUCCUCGGCACAUACAUGUAAACAACGCACACGUAUGUAACCACGGCUACAGUCCAUGACACCCUGAGGGUAAAGGUCCGUCAGAGCAGGACAGCGACACGGGAUGGCUGUGCCAGGCCUGCACACACAGGACUGGUGGGAGAGAGCAGCUACUCUCCAAAAUCAUCCACUCUCCAAAAUCAUUCAUUUCGUUUUGAAUUUUUCGAUUUAUUUUUAUGUUUUGGGGGGUGAAGGUGGGUUUGUUUGAGCGGGGCGAAUGUAAUAACACCAAGGACUGGUCUGAGCCGGUCUAAGCUGGUGUAAACCGGUCUGAACUGGUCUGAACUGGUCUGAAUCAGUCUGAACCGGUCUGAACCGGUUCUUCCUAUAGAUCAAAACAGGUGCUAUUGGCUUUAAACUAAAUCCACCUUAAGCAAAUGUUCUCUGAGUUCUCAUUGCCCCCCUGUCUUUCUUUCUUUUCUUUCUUAAUCUUUUCUUUUCUUUCUUUUUGUUUUUAUUUUUAUUUCAUACCCACCAAGGGUUUAUAUGAUUUUUGUAUAUAUGUCUCAUGUUUCUUCUGGGGUUGACAGAGAAACGGAGAUAACAGUUCAAUUUCACACUCAACCUUUCACCACAGAACAUGCCAAUCACCUUUAAUUUAUUAAUGACUUGCUGUUUGUAAUAUAUUGUGUAAUAAUGAUAAUGUUGGCCAUGACGGCAGUAAUGUUGGUUCGGAGGAGGAUUGAUGAUGAUUGUGCUUUCUGCGGCCGUGUCGGUAAGAUGGCGCCAGUACUAAGGAUAAGCCUGAACCUUUGUAUAUUUGGUGAUUGUUUUUGUCAAAUAUGUACAGACAGUCUUGGUUCAGGCUCUACGAGGGGGACUCAAUCAACUGAAUAAGACUGAAAAAGUCAAGAAAAACCUUCACUCACCCACAUUUAUUGAUUAUUUAAGAAAAAAAGAGAGAAUCGAGUCAGUGUCAAAGUUUUGUUUUGUAUUUGCACACGGCACCAAUCACAUAUCAUUAUUUAUUUAGCGGGAUUAUUUCCAGUCAGUUGCUAUUUCGUUUAGGUCCAUCUUUCCUGCUGGAUUAUUUGUGCAUUGAUGUUUUGUGUUUUAAAGACGAUGACUUCAUGUGUGAUAAUUAAGUUGUACAACCUCACAGCUGUAAGCAAUAUCAUGAUUCGGUAGCUGAUAAAGGGAUGGAGGUAUGGAGAGGAUGAGAGGAAAAGGGGGUGAAAAGUGAGUCGUACUGUAUGUGUGUAAGCCAUCUCGAUCAAAUACACACUCGCACAUACCAACCAAGUUCAACUUACGUAUCCAAAAAAAAAGGCUAAAUAUUUUUGGAUCUAUAAAACCCUAAAAACUAUUGUAUUCAU